AUGGGGUCGCAGAGCAACGACCGCCGCGAGCUGACGGUGCUCGUCACCGGCUUUGGCCCCUUCCGUGACCAAUACCCCGUCAACCCGGCCUGGGAGAUUGCCAAGGGCCUGCCCGCCCGCCUGCCCGCCCUGCUUACCAAGGACAGGCGGACCGGCGCCGGCGCCGUCGACAUCCCCCCGGUGCGCAUCCUCGUCCACCCGGAGCCGGUCCGCGUCAGCUACGAGGCCGUGCGCGAGCUGGUGCCCGCCUUCUGGGACACGUACCAGGGCCGCCGCGUCGACGUGGCCAUUCACAUCGGCAUGGCCGGCCCGCGGCCCUUUUACCACAUCGAGCGCAAGGCCCACCGCACGGGCUAUGCGUCGCCCGACGUCGACGGCAAGAAGCUCGACGACCAGGACGAGGCCAAGCGCGGCGACGACUGGAUCUGGCACGGCCUGCCGGACGAGAUCGAGACGGACCUGGACCUGGACAACGUCCUGCAGCGGUGGCAGGGACACAGCUCGAAGGACAUGGACUUGCGCAUCUCGGAAGACGCAGGCAGGUACCUGUGCGACUUCAUCUACUACUCGACCCUGUCGACCCUGCUGAAACAGCAGCGGCCAAGAAAGGCCGUCUUCUUCCACGUGCCGUGCGACGCGUCCGAGAGGCACAUCACUCAGGGCCGCGAGCUGGCCGUCAACCUCAUCCGCGCCAUUGCCGAGAGCGAGACGGCCCGGGCGGCGGCGGGCGAGCUGGCGGUCGAGGACUUGUAA